AUGAUUGAUCAAUUUACUAUUGUCACAAAGGGAGGUAUUGCUCUCUGGUCAAUUGAAUUUGCAAGAUUAAAGGGACAACCAGUCAAUAGUCUCAUCAAAAAGGUAUUGGUACAAGAAAGAGGUGCUGAUACAUCAUUCAAUUGUGAUAGUUAUACUUUAAAAUGGACUUUUGCAAAUGACGUUGAUUUAAUCUUUAUUGUUGUUUAUCAAAAGAUUUUAUCAUUAAUUUAUAUUGAUGAAUUAUUACAAGUUAUCAAGAGAAAGUUUAUUAAAUUGUUCAAAGAUCAAUUGGUAUCGAUCAAGAACAAUCAAAGCACCGUCACUAUUGACGUAUUUGAAUCGUUUGGCAAGACAUUUGAAGCUAUUCUUCACAAGGUGGAAGCUGAAUCAAGGCAAAAGGCAUUGUCGGGAAGUACUCCCAAGCGUUUUGAAGAGACUGAAAAGGGUAAAAUGACAGUCGAACAACGUAAAGAACAAGAACUCAAAGAUAUUCAAAGUGGUAAAAAACCAAAGACACCAAAAAAGACUACAAAUGGUGCAAACAAGAAGAAAAAAUCAACAUCAUCUUCGUCGUCAGAUGACUCUGACGAACAAGAAGAAGAGGAAGAAUCAGAUGAUGACAUUGAAGAAAAGAUUGAAGAUUUGGAUCUUGAUAAUAAUACACCAAAAAAGAGAACUGGUCCAAGAAAGUUUACUCCAAAAAAGAAAGAUUCAACUCCAACACAAAAAAAAGGUAAAGAAGCAAGAUCAUGGGAUGAUGGUAAAGCAACCAAAAGAGAAAUGGAAUCAUUAAAUAGAUCAGAUAGAUCAUCAAAACAAGUGAUUGAAAAGGAGACAGAGUUUAUUAAACAUGAUUUGGAUAUGGAUAUUUCAUCAGAUGAAGAGGAUAAACCAGUCACUGGAUUUAUGAAGUAUUUCCAAGUGUUGACUGGUAAUAGAACCAUUGCCAAGGAGGAUCUUGAACCAGUAUUACAAAAGUUUGUUGGUCAUUUGACAAGCAAGAAUGUUGCAUUGGAUAUUGCUGAAAAGUUGGUAGAGUCGAUUGGCAGUAGUUUGGAGGGCAAGAAGCUAUCCACAUUCCAGGGUGUCACGACUGUUGUAAAGACAGCAAUGGAAGAGUCUCUUACACGUAUUCUCACCCCCAAAAAGCAUAUUGAUAUUUUGAAAGACAUUCAAUUGCUCAAGGGAUCACGUCCAUACGCUAUUGUCUUUUCGGGCGUCAAUGGUGUUGGCAAGAGCACUAAUUUGGCCAAGGUGUGCUAUUGGCUCAAGGCCAAUGGUCACCGUGUGAUGCUCGCUGCUUGCGAUACAUUCAGAUCGGGUGCUAUUGAGCAACUCGGUACUCACGCUGCACGUCUCGAUGUAGAGUUGUUUGAACGUGGGUAUGGAAAGGAUGCCGCCUCGAUUGCUGGUGACGCUAUCGAAUAUGCUCGUCAGACCAAACACGAUGUCGUCCUCAUUGACACAACCGGUAGAAUGCAAAACAACGAGCCAUUGAUGCGUGCCCUCUCCAAGCUAGUCAACCAAAACACCAUCGACUUGGUUCUCUUUGUCGGUGAGGCAUUGGUCGGAAACGACGGUGUCGAUCAACUCACCAAGUUUGACAAGUCGCUCUCACUCUUGUCUGACGCCUCCAAGAACAAUGUCCGUACCAUUGACGGUAUCAUUCUCACCAAGUUUGACACUAUCGAUGACAAGGUUGGUGCAGCCAUCUCUAUGGUCUAUUCUACCGGUCAUCCAAUCAUCUUCCUCGGUACCGGUCAAAAUUAUACUGAUCUCAAGAGAAUGAAUGUUAAAACUGUAGUUAAAACUUUAUUAGCUUAA